AUGCACACGUCCAAUCCACUCGCCACUCCGAUUCAGACUGAACUGUCCCCCGCGCUCGGCAUGGCCCUUUUUUCUUCUUUUCCUUCUGUCCAUGUCGCACUACCUUUUACGCACAUGAAGUCUGCCCGCAUUCACAUAAUUACGACACUGCGACGGCACAAUAAUGACUGCUUCGAUAGCACAAGCGCAACCUCGAAUUAA